UUCACAUCUAUUUUCCUUAGUACUAUAUGCAGUGUGUGUUAUAUUCUCAAAAUUAGAGCAUCGUUAUGUGCGAAAAACCAGCGUAUAAAACAGUAUUCUAUUGUAGAGUAUUACCACCAAAAAUGCAACUUUGAAGUUUUAUAAAAUAGCAAGGAAAGGGUUUCUUAAAGAAAAAAUAUUUUCUUAAAAUUUACAUCCCAGUCUUUCAUUUUUAAAUAAGAAAUGAAAUAUUUGCGAUAUGCGCUAAAGUAUAGUCUUACCCAAGUACCAAAUGAAAAUUCAAAAUCAUGAACAAUAAAAUUCAUUUUAGGCGAAAAUGGAAUUAAGCUAGUCUGGCUCUCAUGUACAAACGGAAACAGAUCACUAAAUGUUCAGCUGAACCCGCUGCUCUCACCUGAAAAGUGAAUAAAUACAUUAAUCGUGAUGUUUCAAACAGCAGUUUGUCCCCAGCGGGAAAGAGGUUUAUCGAGCGCUUUACACAUCCAGUUUUACCCCACAUACCUCGGUGGUUUACCCAUGACUAGACAAUUAUGACAGUAAUUUAAAAUUUUCAUAACAUAACCUCUAAACUUGUUGCCAAAACUAAAAAGUAUUAAAAAAUGUAUCAUUUGGUAUAUUAUGUCGUUCCGGUGGUGGUUUUGAUAGUCGUAAGAAAGUACCGCGAAUCGAAAUGGGGCAUAUGCAAGAACAAAGUCAAAUUAGAUAAGAAAUUAGUGAUAGUCACAGGAGCAAACUCUGGAAUAGGCCUACAAGUUGUUAAAGAAUUGGCUGCACGCAAUGCCCAUGUCAUAUUAGCUUGUCGGAACUUGGAGAAAGCUAGGGAAGCAUGCAUUUAUGUUAAUCAAAAGCUUUCAGCAGACCCUGUUUUGAUUCCUAUGGAAUUAGACUUAGCUUCACUUAGCUCAAUAAAAAAGUUCUCUGAUGAAGUCAAGAAACAGUUUCCUAAAAUCAACAUACUUAUCAACAAUGCUGGAGUAUCAUUUCCAAAUACAAAACGUGUUGAAACAGAGGAUGGGUUUGAAAUACAUUUUGGAGUGAACCAUCUAGGCCACUUUUAUCUUACAAACCUUCUGUUAGAUGAACUUAUAGCUGGACAUGCUAGAGUUGUGGUACUUAGUUCAUCUUUGCAUGAGAAAGGCGAAAUAAAUCUGGAUGACUUAAAUGGUAUAUCUACUACAAAGAAGACAAACCUCUAUGCAAACUCAAAACUAGCCAACAUCUACUUUGCUCAAGAGCUGGCCCAAAGAACAAAAGGGAAAAUGAAUGUUUAUGCUUGCUGUCCAGGAUGGGUGUAUACAAAUUUAUUCAGACACUCAAUCAAGUGGUACCAUUAUUUCCUUAUAUUGCCAGUUGCAUUCUUUUUCAUGAGGAGUCCCAAACAGGGUGCCCAAACUCCUUUGUAUUGUGCAACAGAACCAGAGCUAGAAAAAGAAACUGGACUACUAUACAGAGACUGUCAGCAUUAUAACUCAAGGGCAAUAUUCUACAGCAAUAUUGCUACACAGUUAUGGGAGAAAUCGGAUCAAAUGAUACAAGAUGUACUCAAAAAGCAUGGAGAUGGUGACUCAUAAGUAAUUGACUCAAUGUCAUGGUUGGAUAUUGCGUACAUAUAUUUUUGGAGAGAUAUGUUGAAACUGACAUUUCAGUCAGUCCUGUCCUAUAGGAGUGUAAUUUAUAAUAUUCAUGGAUAGUAGAUGAAUAAAGAAUGGGUACAAUGACUAUACUAAAA